AUGCAUCGGUCUUCCAAUUACUCAUAUCAACAAACCUCGAGCUCGAGGAGCUCCAACCACGGCACCAGCAGCGCUUUCAGUCCCAACGCCAACCCCAAUGAGGACUGGACCAAGAUCUCAGACCUUGCAGAGCGUCGCCGGAUACAGAAUCGCAUUGCUCAGAGGAACUACCGCAAGAAGCUAAAGCGCCGCCUCGAAGACCUGGAGAAGAGAGCCGCAACUGCUUCGACAUCUCCAGAACGGUCACACGAGGGUUCGGAGUCGCCGAAGGCGGUGGUGCACACUGUCAAGUCCCGCACCAAACAGGCUCGCGCAACCAAGUCUAGCUCAGAUGCAAACCGUCACACCUCCGCGCAACGAGGCUCUUCCUAUGACAGCCACUCCACCCAGGAAGAUCGCGGACCGAUGUUCUCCCAGCAAUGCACUCGACAGCUUUCAGCCUCGCCGCCUCCCGUGUUCUCUUACCCCUCAUACUCUCACUUGGAAUCCUAUGGUCACCAUUCGUACGGACAGCCGCCUUCCUACCACUCUCUCAACAACCACUACAAUGACCUGCCAUACGGAGAGUACGGAACAACGCUGCCCUCGAUCCUGCCUGGUCCUAUCCUCGGAUCGGGCGCAAAGAAGCACCACUCCUACGCCGAUGACGAGAUUGUCAGCCCCUUCAGUAUGAGCUAUGCGUCCAUGGCUGGCAUUGAUCUGGGUCCGACACCACAACACCUUUCAGAGCACAACAUUCCUGUACAUGCCCCUCUCUCUACCUGAUGCCGGUCUGUGCAAGAAGUACCAGGGUUAGCGGAGCUAAUGCCGUCUUUCAGAUGCCACCUUUGUCUUCAGUCUACAGCGAUGAUCAUUCCUCCCCUUCCACCCCAGCAGAGCCUCUACUAGGUUGUCCUCUUACACCGAAGUCGGACCCGUGCUCCCCCCACUCAUACUCGCUGUUCUGAUUUGAUGUUGUUUUUUACUGAAGGCUAGCGGUGGUACUUUGCUUUCCUCUUCUUAUUUCUUUUACCCUUCUUAUCUUUUCCCUUGAUUCACCCC